AUGGCGCUCACAUACCAGCAGUCCAAGCUGGUCAAGGACACCAUCCCGGCUCUUCGUGAGCACGGUGAACAGAUCACGACCAUAUUCUACAAGACGAUGCUCCGGGACCACCCCGAGCUGCACAACAUGUUCAACAGCGUCAACCAGAAGAACGGCAGGCAACCUCGGGCGCUAACAUCCGUCAUCCUCACCUUUGCUUCCAACAUAAACCACAUCAGCGAGCUGAUCCCAAAGUUCGAACGCAUGUGCAACAAGCACUGCUCUCUUGGCGUCCAGCCGGAGCACUACGAGAUAGUCGGCAAGUACCUGCUUCGCGCUUUUAGCGAGGUGCUCGGCCCGGCCAUGACGCCGCAAACAUUCGCUGCCUGGGAGAAGGCCUACUGGCUCCUAGCCAAGAUGUUGAUAGGACGUGAGCAGCAGCUCUACAAGGACUUUGAGAAGUGGACUGGGUGGCGCAAGUUCAAGAUCGACCGUGUCGUUCCCGAGACGCAGAGCAUCUACUCCUUUUACUUGGUGCCGCUGGACGGCAAGAAGCUGCCCAAGUACUUCCCGGGCCAGUACGUUUCAUUGCGUAUCCACAGCCCCGAGGGCUACAUGCAGGCCCGCCAGUACUCGCUCAGCGAUUACCCCAGGGAAGACUACUAUCGCAUUACCGUCAAGCGCGACGAGGGCACCCGCUACUCGAACUCGGUCUCUAAGUCUUACUUCCACCCGGGUCUCGUCUCGAACAUGCUCAUCGACCACAUGGGCGUCGGCUCUACGGUCGAGCUGUCGCACCCAGCUGGUGAUUUCUUCCUCGAUAUCAACAAUACCAGCAUGAUGCCUCUGGUUCUCAUCUCGGCCGGUGUUGGCGUCGCUCCUCUGAUGGCUAUGGCCAACACCGUUACCAAGCUACAGCCGGGUCGACCGAUCUCGUGGAUCCACGGCUCGCGUUACCAGGUGCCCUUCGAGAGCCACAUCCAGCAGCUCAAGCGCCAAAACCCGGCGUUCCGCACCAACAUCUUCAAGACCCACCUCGCCGACAGCGAUGUCGUCGGUGUCACCUACGACUACGACUUUCGCAUGGAUCUCGCCCGCGUUAACCCCGAUGAUCUGUUCCUCACCAAUUCUGGGACUGAGUACUACAUCUGCGGCCCAGAGCAGUUCAUGCUUGAGAUGUCCGACUAUCUUAAGUCCCAGGGUGUGCCAUCCAACCGCGUCAAAUUCGAGCUGUUCUCGACUGGCGAUCUUGCGUUCAAGCACUGA